UCUGUGAGCCGAAAGAUGUUCUCCCUUCUUAAACCCAUGCUGACCUAUUCCAAGUUGACGAAAGCCAUUCAGCAAAAUCACAGGUCAACCAUCUACAGCAAGCCACCAAAGGAAAAGAUUGGGCCAGUGCAAUCAUUCUUAGCCAUGUGUGUGUUUGCUAUAACCCUCAUGGCCCCGGCUGGAUGGAUCAUGCAUCACAUCCCAGACUACCAGCAGAGAUCACCUCCCGAACCCUGACCUCUUAAGAC